AUAUCGUCUCUCUCUUUUUCUCUUUUUCUCUCUCUGUGAGAGUAGUUUUGAGAGAGGAAGAAAACAGACAGAGCCAGCCAUGGAUUUCACUCCUUCAUCUGAGCAUCUUUGCUACGUUCGCUGCAACUUUUGCAACACUGUUCUAGCUGUUGGGAUCCCAUGCAAAAGAUUGUUGGAUACUGUAACCGUGAAAUGUGGUCAUUGUAGUAAUUUAUCCUUUCUUAGCACUAGACCUCCUCCACUUCAAAGUCAAUUCUUAGAUCGCCAUUACCCUCUACCACUUCCCUCUCAGAUGCAAGGCUUUUCUGCUGAUUACAGAAAGGGGCAAUCAAGCCAAUCUCUCACUUCCUUCUCUUCCACAUCCAGCGAGCAGCUUUCCCCUAAGGCACCCUUUGUGGUUAAACCUCCUGAGAAGAAACACAGACUUCCAUCUGCUUAUAAUCGAUUCAUGAAGGAGGAGAUACAACGCAUUAAAGCGGCGCAACCUGAGAUUCCGCACCGAGAAGCUUUCAGCACGGCAGCAAAAAAUUGGGCUAGAUAUGUUCCAACGAGUGGAUCAACACCUGACAAUAAUAAGAAUGAACGAAGAACUGGAGGCCAUAUCAUGGAAAGUUAGUGCUGCAUGCCAAAUGAAUUGGAGAUCAAUUUCAGAACAAAAGUUAGGUUCUUUCAACUUUUAUUAAUGACGUUAUGUAAUGGUAAG